CAUAUUAACACCCACAUGUGGCCCCAAGAGCAAACCUGGGAAUUUGUAGGACCCAGCAGACCUCCCAGCCCCGGCUUCACCUGUUCGCAUGCACAUUUCUUCCCCUUUUUUUCCCACUUGGGAUUGCCUUGCAUCGCCCCCAUGAUAAUGACCAAAAACCUCAUGCCUCUAACAAUGCUGUCGUACGCGGGCUGCAGCCUGCUGAUCCUCUCCGCGUCCCUCGCCGGUGCCUCCCUGGCCGAGAUGGUGUUCCGCUGCCCGGGCUGCACCGCGGAGCGCCAGGCACUGUGCCCGAGGCUCACCGAGACUUGCGCGGAGAUUGUGCGCGAGCCGGGCUGCGGGUGCUGCCCCGUGUGCGCCCGGCAAGAGGGCGAGAUGUGCGGCGUGUACACCCCGAGGUGCUCCACCGGGCUGCGAUGCUACCCGACGCCAGACUCGGAGCUUCCUCUGGAGCAACUGGUGCAGGGCCAGGGCCAGUGCCGGCGCAAAGUGGACACCGAGACGACCACUUACAGCCAGGAGCACCGGGAGCAAACCAGCGGUGAAGCUGUGGAGCCGUUGCCCGAGCAGGGUGUGAGCGAGAUCCCGGCCAUCCGGAAGCCCAGCAAAGAGACGACCUGGCUGGGCCCCAAAGAGAGCGCCGUACGCCAGCACAGGCAGGAAAUGAAGACCAAGAUGAAGACCAACAAGGUGGAAGAGGUGAAACCUGCACGACCCAAACAGACUCAGUGUCAGCAGGAGCUGGACCAGAUCCUGGAGAGGAUAUCUAAGAUGCCCUUCAGAGAUAACCGAGGUCCCCUGGAAGACUUGUACGCCCUGCACAUCCCCAACUGCGACAAGAGAGGGCAGUAUAAUCUCAAACAGUGCAAGAUGUCUCUCCAUGGUCAGAGGGGCGAGUGCUGGUGCGUCAACCCCCACACCGGCCGACCUAUCCCAUCAGCCCCCACUGUGAGGGGCGACCCCAACUGCAGCCAGUACCUCAGAGAGCUGGAGCUGGAGCUUCCUGACAUGGCCCAGAUAUAAUGUGGCAUGAAAUAAAAAAAAACAAACUGUAAAGUACUUGGGAACAAAGAACAUCUGAGUAAGCUAUAUAUUAUCUUUCUGUGUGUAUGUGUCUCUAGUUCAUUUGAUGACAGUGACAUUUGAAAUCUUAACCACCAAAAAGGAUUAAACGAUAGAAUCCAGCUUGCUGCGUAGGAUGUAACUGCAGAUUAUUUUAGGGAGAAGUAAAGAUAAGACUCCUUUAUCCUCAUAGAUAUUCAGUAGAUGUCAGCGGGAGUGUUGGUGACUUUGCUUUUACUAAUUGUGCUCAGAUUUGCUCUGUUGUCAUUGUUUUGUACUGUAUGUGUUGAAAAAAUGAAAAGCCUUCAACAUAUUUGGUGUUUUUAGGUGUUUUUUCCUUGUCCUAGCUUGCAGACUACUGUUACGCCUCAUUAACAGAUAAUGCUAUUAAAAUGGUAAUAAAUUCAA